GAACGAACAACGCAGCUUGUAUGUUGUCUUCGGGAAGCUUACAUGUUUACAAAAGGAUGAGGAUCUAAAAAUAGGCGAAUGAUUCUACAACUAGAUCGAACAAGAACAAGAUGAGGAUCUGCCAUAAUCAUUCACAGAGUUGUGAUGUAGAAAUCAUCUAUCAUGCUCGUGUGUCGAAAAGGCACACGCCUCGUACUGAACGGCAAGUUCAGUCGGAUAAUAUCGAAAAACGAAAACCGAUCUUGCUUAACACCUUAGAUCAACAGCACCAUGACGGUCUAAGAAAAUGUAGAUCUUCUUUUUCUCACUGCAUAGUAGGGUCCUCUUGCAACAACGCGAUUUAAGUAUUUCAUCAUGCUUCCAUUUUCAAUUGUUGUCGAACAGGUAAAUGAAUGAAUGAAUGACUUGAUAUCAUUGAAUCAACAUUCUUAUCUCACUGUUACCUCAGGGAGGGAAGGAGCCCAGGUGGUACGCAGGUAGAAGAAAACGGUCACCUCUAAACGACAGAAGUGCAUCCUAUAGUAUAUAAGUAGAGAACUUUCGACGGCGACCCUUCCAUCCAAAUUCGGACCUUGUAGAUUUCACCCUAAUUCGGACCUUGUAGCCUUCAUUUUAUUGUUUCUCUGUCGUUAUAUUCAAGCAUUCACGACCUAACCUAACCUAACCUAACCAUAACAUAAUUAGAAGUUGUCUGUUGUAGCCAGAAGUGUCUCCCUGCUACAGAACGGUCUGGAAUAAAUAUGGUAUUGAUUUGGUACACCCCUGUUAACAGCAAGCACUCGCCAUUCUACAACUUUUAAUCACAAUUCCAAUUGAUUCAUCCAGUCCAGCUUGAUAAAUUUUUUUACCAAAGAGUAAGAGGAAAAUGGCUGUUAUCGAGGAUCAUCUUGCGAGCGAGCUUGGUUGCCUCUCUGGACUUGGCUCUGCGGUUCCGCAGCGAGAAAGCCUGUUCGCGCAAAGACGGUACAUAAUGUAUGUCUAGUUGUAACGCAGGCUGUGGUAGAAAGGCUGUAUAUUCUUGUCUAGUGUAUAUUAAAUCUACCGGAACAAAUGGUAAAGCAUCAAGCAUCUUAAGAUCUGGAUCUAUGCCUAGUGACGUAUCUAUUUGAUUUGUUUUCACACCGCAGGCACAGCAACGAGUAUCAGCGGAGUAAGCUGCAGCGCUUCAGCAAUAUGUCAUUGGACGACCAUCACAGCGGAGGUACUUCUUCAAUGCCCGACUGCGGUAUGGGCUACCAAGCCUCGACGUCGAGCACGGCAGGGAUGAAUAGGAGAACAGGCAACAGGAGCGUCUUUCAGAGGUCUGCGCGAGAACUAUUUGCGCGUAUGGACGAAGAUUCACCGACAGGAGCUGGCGAUGCAGAUGCUCAUAUGGAGGACGUACAGCAUGAGAUGAACAGAAGUAGUGGUUCGACAUCCUACAGAACAACAGCGAGAAACGAACGAGAACUACAUCAUGGUCCAAAAGAGGGAGAUAGCGCCGACAGCGGACCGAUGUUGGUGGACGAGCAUCAAGGAUCUGAGAAUAGUGGAGGUGGGUGGACCAAUGGUGGGGGCCUGCUGCCCGCACUGUCACCACGGGGUCUAUUUGGCUCGCUCUUCGGCGGGGGCGCGACUGGCGUCGGCGAGGCUGGUGCAGGAGGGGCUGGCGCGACGCGGCCGUCGCUCCCUCCUGGAACGACCAUAUCUGUGCAAUUCGGCGCUCGCCCUGGUGAGUACGCCGCCUCCCCACACUUCCUCCAGCACCACAUGAUAAAUGAUCACCAACAAGCGAGUGCAUCAACAAACCCAAAUUACCACAGCAAUCAACAACAGUUCCGACAUGAACAGUGGAACCACAAGAACAGCCUCCAGUUCGCCAACGGACGUCGUCAACUAGCGAUGCAGCAUCAGUAUCCACGCACACCCAAUGGCCAGGAUCAACAGCUUCAUGACCACAAUCAAAAUCAACAACAGUUUCUUGAUGCGCAGAAUUAUAACCUCCAACAUAAUUCUUCUUGUUCGUCAUCGUCUCUGCUGCGAGAGUUGCCGGCGCUCUUGACGACCUAUGCACGCGCGGCUUUCAAUAUCGGCAUUGUCUCUCUCGGUCUUUAUUUCGUAUACGCUUUCUACUCCACGAUCCGAGACGAUAUUCACACAAAAGUGGUGCGCUACAGCCAAGAGGUGCUCGACCAGAUCGACAAGUGCUCGCACGACUAUGCUGUCAAUAUGUACUUGAUGUUUGUUUGUUUUAUACUCAUGCAUAAUGUUUGUUUUAUACAUGCAUAAUAUUAGUACGUCUACUUAUAAGUUGGAACUAACAAAUAAGUCAGCUUCAUACAUGAUAUUGAUGAUUUUUAAAGAUGUCAGACUUAGAUGUAGUUCUUUUAGAUGAAGAUGUUGCAGAUUAUUGGAACGGUGCAUCCUGACUCCUCGAUUAGAUGAAGAUGUGCAAGAUCUAUUUCCUCGAAGAAACUCUCCAAUUGUAAAUGCAACAUCGAUCAGGUGUGGCAUCGACGUGCGUCCCGCAUUAGAAGGGCCUUGUAGAACGUGGAAGGUAUGCAUGGAACAGGAUGCGAUGCAGGUCGCAUAUCGGGCGAAGUUUUCAGGUGCGACGUUUGGCGAGGCCUUGAACGGUUUCUUCCAGGAGUUGGAGUGGAAAACAAUAGUAGGCUUUCCGCUACUCCUCCUUACUGUGGUAUCCUUAUUGAAUGUGUUGCUUUAUCUCGGACAAGGGCCAACUAGUACAACAGGAAAGAUGUUGGGGAAGAUGUCCUCCUCGUCAACUACAUCUUCGUGGGAACCUCCACAGCAUUCGACGAGCGUUGGAGGCGGAUUUGGGAGUACUAGAGGUGCUACACAUUACCAGACAAGUUUUCAAGCGCUGCAGGACGGACGUGGAGGAGCAGCCCAUGAAGAUGAAGUUGGUCACGAAGAGCAAGAACUUGCUUUAACCUCUGGAGAACGAGGCAUAAGGAAUAGAAGACCACAAUUUUAUUGACACAAUCUUCUGAUCGAAGAGUCAAAAAUGAUGAAGAUGAAUUCAUAGUGCUCAUCAUUAUAGAUACUUUCAGUCUGAGGAUCCGAGAAUGACCACCUUUAUAUGCGACGACCCCUCUCCCCCUAUCGUAACCCCGAUGAGAGCCACUACAUUAUGCAUCACAACAGAAAGCGAAUCAAUCGAUUCCGAUCGCUGAGGUGAAUACCUCUGCUCAUCCAAAUUAGUGAUGUACAACCGCCUGCACCUCUGUUUCUUCGUGUGUUCCGACAACAAAAGGGCAACGAAAACAUACGAC